AUGUCAGUGCCAACGCUGGCAGCUGCACGAACUUUACUGGGACAGCGCAAUAAUCAACCAGGCGAAGAAGCGCAGCUUGCUUUCGAAGCUUUUCCAACCAUCGGCCUUACUAAGACAUACUGCGUCGAUGCUCAAAUAGCUGAUUCAGCAUGCACAGCAACAGCAUAUUUAUGUGGAGUAAAAAACAACUAUGGCGUGCUUGGUUUAACUGCUGCAGUGCCGCGCCGCAACUGCUCAGCAUCGCUAGAUACUUCUACACACAUUGACUCUAUCGCGGCUUGGGCUCUAGCUGAUGAACGUGAUGCUGGCAUCGUUACAACAACCCGAGUAACUCAUGCAUCGCCAGCUGGAGUCUACGCCAAAUCAGCAAACAGAAAUUGGGAAAACGAUGCAAAAGUUAGAGAAGACAACCAAGAUCCGAAUACAUGCCAAGACAUAGCAUAUCAGUUAGUACAUUCAUCACCAGGAAAUCAAUUUAAGGUUAUUUUAGGCGGUGGAAGACGGGAAUUUUUGCCUACAACAAGUAUUGACGAAGAGGGUACCCCAGGACUAAGAACUGAUGGACGAAAUUUAAUAGAAGAUUGGCAAAAUGAUAAAAUAUCACGUAACGUAACUUAUCAAUAUGUUUGGAAUCGCGAUCAGUUAAUGAAUGCUGCAGAAACGCUCCCAGAUUACCUUUUAGGCCUGUUCGAAGGAAGUCACAUGCAAUAUAAUUUGGAAGCUAAUGUUCAAACUGAACCUACUCUUGCAGAACUAACCGAAAUCGCAAUACGUUCACUGAGCAGAAAUGAAAAGGGAUUUUUCCUAUUCGUUGAGGGUGGCCGUAUUGAUCACGCGCACCAUGAUAAUCUAGUUGAGUUGGCCUUAGAUGAGACCAUUGAGAUGAGCGCAGCUGUUGCUAAAGCUGCUGAGCUUCUAUCGGAAGAAGACUCACUUAUAGUGGUGACAGCUGACCAUGCACACGUGAUGGCUUUUAACGGAUACACGAAACGUGGUAGUGACAUCCUCGGACCAUCAGAUCAAAGAGAUGAAUCUAACAUACCAUACAUGACUAUUUCCUACACCAACGGACCGGGUUUUCGUUCCCAUGUCAACAAUACUCGUGUUGAUGUUACUUCUGAAUCUAAUUUCAGACAACUCCGUUGGAUGAGCCACGUCGACGUACCGUUGGAUUCGGAGACGCACGGCGGUGAUGACGUGGCGGUAUUCGCUCGCGGGCCACAACACCAGAUGUUCUCGGGUCUGUACGAGCAGAGCCAGCUGCCGCACCUCAUGGCGUACGCGGCCUGCAUCGGCCCUGGUCUGCACGUCUGCAAUGCGGCAUCUCAAAUUGUUCAGAUGCAAUCAUUGCUGAAAAAUUCCGUACCAUCCAUAAAUCAAUUAUUAAUAGCUUUAAGACAUUACGCCACAGGCAGUCACUUGCUUGCUGUGGCGGAUAUGGGUGGCGAUAGUUUGACUACAUCCAGCCGGAUAGUAAAGAAAGUUUCUCAAGCAGUUGUAUCCCUACGUCGAGAAUUCAUCAUAUUUCCUGAUACAAACAGAGACCAAGACAGAGUUAAGAUAGAAUUCUAUGGCAUAACUAGAUUCCCUAAUGUACUAGGCUGUAUUGAUUGUACAAAUAUAAAAAUUCAAUCACCAGCCUCAUCUCUUGACACCUUAUCUCAACCCUACAACAAGUGGAGAACGAAAAUAUAA